AUGGCUUAUAAUUAAUCAUAGAAUUCAAAUUAAAUUGGGAUAGUUGAAAACUAAAAAUUUAAAUCAAAUCAAAUUAAUUCAGAAGAAUAAAUCCUUAAAUUUACAGUCAGAUAAGACUUUUUAAAUGUUCUAGGUAUAGCUGCUGAUUUUCAAGCAGGCUUAGAACUUUAAAAAAAAAAUAAUAACCUUGGUUAAUAUGAAACUAUGUUGCAUAACAAAUUAAUACUAUAAGUUAAUCUUUCAAAUUCAAUACAUUGCGAUCAAUAUAAUUAAUAUCUAAAAUCACCCCAUCUUGCAGAAAUAUUGAAAAAAGAAAAAUUAAAAGCAAAAGAAUUUUUAUAAUCCAUCAAAUAAAAAGAAAAAUUUGAUAAAAAAAUUGAGGAACAACUCUAAUUUUACGAAACAAAUUGUUUAGUGGAUAGACCUUUUAUGUAACAAUAAGAAUUAAAAAAUAUUUAACAUGAAGUUAAAUUCAAUCAAGAAACUGUUUAAAACAUUAUUAACUCUAUAAAUUAAACAGAUUAAAAAUAUAGAGAUUUAUAAGAUGGAAAUACUUAAGCAGAAGAAUUAUCUGUAACUUAAAUUGAUGAACAUAUUUAGUAAAAAUUAAUUUUAUUAAUCUUAGAUCAAGAAAAAAAUAAGCUUCUGACAAAUUGUCAAAAUAAUUAAACAAAUAGAAAGGGUUUUAAGAUUGUUGUCAAUUAUUUUGA